GACCCCAGUUUGCUUGUAUUCAACCCAUAUUUUCAUGUUUCGUUUGCAAUCACUAAACAUCACCAAAUACAUGUAUUUCAUCGUUCUCAUGAUCAUUCUCUAGUGCUCCCUAUCUUCCUAUUCACUUUGAUAGUCCUCAGUGGUGAUAGUUCCCCAUGACCACAUGCUAUACGUCAGUUAAUAUGCAGCAUUAGCAUUGUAUCAACGGAUUCAGAGAUGUAUCGAUAAUCAUCAAACAGCAGGAUUUGAUUGGCAGCCAUCUAAUGUAAUCAGCAUUAUCAUUUUGAAGAAUUAAAGCGGCCGUAUCUCUUGUCAACCAAGGCUACAACAAUGUUCACUCUUAAUCUCAGGAGAACGUGUUUCAUCUUCAUUGUCUUUCUGCAUUGUUUUGUAGUUUCAUCGUCAUUUACAGUGUUCACGGAGCAAUCGGUAACAGCAGUGAAAGGGGGAAAUGUAUCCAUACCAUGCAAUUUCACCGGAAAUCCAACUUUCGUCUGGUGGUGGAAGCAUGAUUCAACAGGAGCCACAGACGACGACGUAACACUCGUAGCCCGCGAGUUCGAGGGGAUUGUAGAAGAUGCAGGAAUUGACAGGUUCAAUAUCACGAAGUCUGAAAAUGAUUACCGUCUGACGAUACGUAAUGUGUCUCUGCUGGACGAGACCACAUAUUCUUGCCAAGUAGAACUCGAUAAUCAUGAAGAUGAGAGGGGCUACACGAAUUUGAGUGUUCUAGCUUUGGCAGAGCCCCUGGAACCAGUCAUCAAGUUAUGUCAUGUGACAACGCCAGGACACUGUACUUACUUCAUUGACAAGAACCCACCUGAGCAGGUGAACUUGGUUUGUGAGCUCCAUCAAGUUCGACCCCCUGUAAACCUUACCUGGAAAAAGAUCGACGGCAUAUUGCGGGAAACUGAUCCACCGCUUGUAUAUGAUCAAAAUGGACUCUACACCGUCUCAUCUGUAUUACAGAUAUCCAGGUCCGAGUUCGAUCAUCAGUAUAAAUGCGAAGCGAGAGGACAGGCGGUAAAUGGGGUCUCUUCCACGACAGCGUCCUUUGGUAGUAAAACUACGGAAACCCCCCAAACAGGGUUACAUCCGGGAUAUAUAGUUCUCAUAACAUUUCUCAUAUUAGGGAUAGUCAUCAUACUUGUUUUAAUCGUAGUGUUCUAUCACAUAAAGGUCGGCAUACCCUGCUUAUCACGAGAUGGAGCUGGAUCUGCAAAUCUUGACAGUAUACCUUUAAACGAAGUACAAAGUCUUCGAAGAAAUAUACGGGACUACAGCCCUGGAUCGCUAACGGACAAGGUUCUUGCGCGGGGUACAUAUCCAAAUGCACCUACACGAAUGGCAAUCGUUGGUCUUACAGGUGCGGGGAAAUCAUCCUUCAUACGGUCCUUGAAAUGUGCGUACUCCGGUGUGUAUAACAAAGAGAUAGAGGUCGUCGCAGGAUCAUCUUCUGGUGGAGUCACAUUAGAACCAACCUUCUAUAAAAUCACGGAUAACAUACACAUACAAGACAACAAAGGAAUGCGUGACUUAGCUAUUAAUAAGAUUAAUAAGACGAUAAUGACAAAUAUAAAAGAGAAAGUGAUAUCUCUCCUUAUAUUUGUAAUUCGUCCAAAUGAUGUACAAAACGAUGUUGAGACCGUCACCAAAUUUCUCACUAAACUAUCCAAAGCGGUGAGGACCGAGUUCGCUACCUAUCCAAUGGUUAUUGUGACGCAUCGGGACAUGAUACCAGAUCUGACCAUAAGGGAGGCGAUACGCAAUAAACUCGUCAACAUGGAUAUAAUCCAAGAUAAAAUCAUUUUUGUCGAGAAUUUCACAGAAGAACCAGAAGACAAGUCCAAUAGUAAAGACUUAAUUGAAGAGUUCUUGAAGAUUUUAGAAACAAUGCUCGUUAUGGCAGAUGGCAAUCUUGUACAUCAGUUGAAUAAAAAAUCUUUAUCUGAGUAA